CCCGGGGCGGGGCCGGGGCGGGGCCGAGCGCCGGGCGGGGCCGUUCGGAGCCGCUUCUCCCCCGACCGCGGCACCGGGUCCGGUACCGGCCCCGCCCGCUCCGCCCCGGCCCGGUCCGGCCCCGACCGCGGCGCUUCGGGGGGCGGCAGCGGAACCGGCACCGGGAAUAACGGGACCCGCGGCGGAGCAUCCCCGGGAGGAGGGGGCGGCCCCGCGGUAACGGGCAGCGGAACCGGCGGCGUCGGGAGCGCGCAGCGGCCGCGGGGCCGCGCACCCCGAGGCCAUGGCCUGCCUGCAUGAGACACGGACCCCCUCCCCAUCGCUGGCCGUGGCCUCGGAGGGGACCCCGGAGCAGGAGCUGACCCCGACGCAGUGCGCCCUAAGGGAAGGACCCCCCCCCAUCCCCGCUGCCCCCGAGGCCUGGCCCCGCCGUGGCCCCCCCCGUGCAGCUGAACCCGGAGCUGUGGGGCCGCUGGCGGCAGAGGGGGCCCAUCUGAGGUGCCAGGCUGCGGGGGGGUUCCUGGAGGGGCUCUUUGGGUGCCUGAAACCCGUCUGGAGUAUGAUCGGAAAGGCCUACAGCGCUGAGCACAAACACCAGGCAGAGGACCCCUGGGAGGUGCCGUUCGAGGAGAUCCUGGAGCUGCAGUGGCUGGGCAGUGGUGCACAGGGAGCUGUUUUCCUGGGCAAGUUCCGGGCUGAGGAAGUGGCCAUCAAGAAAGUGAGAGACCAGAACGAAACAGACAUCAAGCACCUGCGGAAACUCAAACACCCCAACAUCAUUGCCUUCAAGGGUGUGUGCACCCAGGCGCCGUGUUACUGCAUCAUCAUGGAGUUCUGCGCCCAGGGCCAGCUGUACGAGGUGCUGCGCGCGGGGAGGAAGGUCACCCCCUCGCUGCUGGUGGAUUGGUCCAUGGGCAUCGCCGGCGGCAUGAACUACCUGCACCUGCACAAGAUCAUCCACCGCGACCUCAAGUCGCCCAACAUGCUCAUCACCUACGACGACGUGGUGAAGAUCUCCGACUUCGGCACCUCCAAGGAGCUCAUAGAUAAGAGCACCAAGAUGUCCUUCGCCGGCACCGUGGCCUGGAUGGCACCGGAGGUGAUUCGCAAUGAGCCCGUGUCCGAGAAGGUCGACAUCUGGUCCUUUGGGGUGGUGCUGUGGGAGCUGCUGACGGGUGAGAUCCCCUACAAGGACGUGGAUUCCUCCGCCAUCAUUUGGGGGGUGGGCAGCAACAGCCUCCACCUGCCCGUCCCCUCCGGCUGCCCCGAUGGAUUCAAGGUGCUGCUGCGGCAGUGCUGGAACAGCAAACCCCGGAACCGGCCGUCCUUCCGGCAGAUCCUGCUGCACCUCGAUAUCGCCUCCGCCGACGUCCUGUCCACCCCACAGGAAACCUACUUCAAAUCCCAGGCUGAAUGGCGCGAGGAGGUGAAGCUGCACUUUGAGAAGAUCAAAUCGGAGGGGACGUGUCUGCACCGCCUGGAGGAGGAGCUCAUCAACCGGCGGCGAGAGGAGCUGCGGCACGCGUUGGAUAUCCGUGAGCACUACGAGCGGAAGCUGGAGCGAGCCAACAACUUAUACAUGGAGCUCAGUGCUAUUAUGCUGCAGCUGGAGCUGAAGGAGAAGGAGCUGCUGCGACGGGAGCAGGCGCUGGAGAAGCGCUACCCGGGGCUCUUUAAACCACGGGCACCGCGGGGGCUGCUGCACGGGAACGCAGUGGAGACCCUCAUCAAGAAGCGCAACGUGCCCCAAAAGCUCUCGCCCCACAGCAAGCGGUGGGUGGGGACCUGGGAUGGGGGGGCACCACCCACCUCCUCAUUCCCAUCCCCCAGGUGGCCCCCCGGGAUGACCAAACGUCAGUCACUAUCGACAUUCAGCUCCGAGAACUUCUCUGACGGGGACGGGGACGAGGGACACACGAGCGAACCAUCGCACAGCGCCACCCCCGACGUGGGCAGCACCAACACGGACGAACGACCCGACGAUCGCUCCGAGGAUUUACUGUCACAGGGAUCCGAGAUCCCCCUGGACGCCCCCCCCCAACACGAGGGUCGUCGGCACGGGGGGGUCAGCCCCAAGGUCUCAGAGGACUCCGACUGUGACAGUGCAGAACUGGACCAUUCGGGCAGCGCAGAGGGACCCCCCCGACCCACAGCCCCUCCCGGCCUGUGAUCCGUGCAAUCCCCCC